AUGCGAGAAACGAGAUAUCUUGCCGAGACCAGAACCCUUCAGGAUGAGCUCAUUGCAAGCCUUUCAGAGGGAGAAGGCAACUCCGCCUUGCUUACGGACCCUGGUACCAACGCGCAGCUCUCGGGCACUCUCCAGAAGGCCUUAAAGGCUCUGCGGACUCUUCGAGCAUUGACGGAGCGUGAUGUCAGUUCGCGUGGCUCAACCAUGGAGAACAGCGGCCAAGACAUUGCAACUCCUGGUCAUAUGCCCACUGUCGGCGAAAGGCCUGCAACAGUCCAAGAUAAUGCGAUUCGGGUCUCAGAACAAACUCAGUAUGUCGACCCGGUUAUUUAA